AACCAACAAAACCCAUUCAACUUGCAGCAUUUUUUGAUCUACAGACUAAAGACAUGCAAAUAUUUACCGAAGAUGAGAGACAUAAUACUGUUUCAGAAGCAUGUAUAAAGUAUCUUGAAUUAGCUACUAAUUAUUAUGAAUCAAAUAAUUUAUCAGAUAUAGCACCUAGUGACAUGAAUAGUGAAGAUAUUUUUUCUAGUCCUGUGGCUCAAAAACAUUCAAGCCAAAAUGAUGAUAACAUUGCUAACCGUGAAUUUAACUCAUAUUUAUUAUUACCAAGGGUUCCGGGUGAAACAGACAUACUUCA